AUGACCCAGUGUGAAGCCAGGAAUUUUGCGCAAAUUAUGAACCCUGGAAACUUGCAGCCCAAGUACGAAGACGGAAACGGCUCGACAGGCUCCUUCGCCUCGAUGAACUCAGAAAGCCAUGCCCAUUCAAUUGGCAUGCCUGCCACGAGCGGGUUAAGCUGGGCCCCACCGGUUUCUACCGUCGGCGGUCUUCGGGAAGGCAACUUGUUUGACCACACCAACAGCCAACCAAAAUUGGAACCGCCAUCGGUAGAUCCUAACUCGAAUCCUUCAUCGGCAGAAUCGCCCCUGAUUGGCAACGUCUACGCGAAUAUUUACGAAAAUAGAGUUUUGCAGGGAAACCAGCCGAUGUUCGCGCACAAUCCAGGCUUCAUGCAUCGCGAAAUGCCCGGCCAACAGCCCUUCUACCAUCCAAAUAUCAUCCGACCAGGGGGCUGGCCACAUGUCAUGGAUCCCUACUCGCAGUCUGGCAUGCCUUUUCACUCGACUUUCCCAGGACUCUAUUCUUAUCCAAUGCACACAGCGAUCCGCAAGAAGCGCCAGCCCUACUCAAAGCAGCAAACUCGCCAGCUAGAACAAGAGUACGCCCAGAACAAGUUCAUCACGAGGCAAAAGAGGGAGCAGAUUUCUCGAGAUCUGAGCCUGACUGAUCGACAAGUCAAGAUCUGGUUUCAAAAUCGACGAGUCAAGGAAAAGAAGAUUGAGCAGGAACGAGAGCGAAAGGAAAGCCACGGCGGAAGCAGCGGAAGCGCAGUUGGAAACGGUGGAGGUUCCGCCGAGAUGGCCGAUGAUCCCGAAAGCCCGCAUUCUUCAUUCGCCGGACUGGGCAUGAGCACGGACAAUUUUGGCCAAGAAACAGACGCACUUGGCCACGAUGGAACAAUCAAGUCGGAAGUACUGAAAAACUGCUAA